UUCUUCAAGUUCAAGACCUUCCUUCCUUCUUUCUUCCAACGCUCAGCUGCCAGAGAGAGAAAGCUUAAUUUGUCGCCAUCCAUGGCGGUCGACUCCUUCAAUCCUCCAUUUCGCACAGCAUCCUUUAUCUGCCUUUGACCUCUGACUUCAUCCAUUUCCCCCGCUCUGUCUGACUGACUUUUUCUCGUCCAAAUCGCCUCCCUCCGUCACACAAUUAAAUGCUUCGUCAGUUGGAUGGUGCCUCUCUUCAAUCGCGAUCCGCCCGAGACAUAAAAGUUUGUUACUCCGCUCGCCUCCUCUGCUUUUUUCUCAUUAAUUUCUCUGUUGUCGCUGCUCCUCUGCCCGCUGCUGAUCUCAUUUCUCUCUACUUCAUCGCCUCUCUACAUAUAUAUAUAUAUAUUUAUAUGUAUGUAUAUAUAUGUGUAACUGCUCUACUGUGCAUAAAUAAGUUUCAGAAUAUUUACACAUAGUUGCAUGUGAGGGACGAUCGAUCGACUGGAUCCGCGAGACUUAUUGUGCUAAAAUUCUGAGCUGGAUUAUUGCUUGAUGUGAAUCGAAAGUUGUGUUGCUAAUUUGAAUUGCUAUUGUUGGCGGUUUCUGAUCGAUUGCGUAGUCUAGGGUUCAUAAGAAGUUUCUAGGUUUUCUGCUAUGAUUGUUGAAUUAUGGAGGUGCAGAGAGUUGAUUGCUAAUUAAUUUCUUCAUCCAAUUCCAAUUCCUGUAGAUAACAACAUGUUACCUGUUUCAUCUCCCCCAAACUAUUCGGGGACAGAUUCAAAUCCCCAGCCUGAAGCCAGCGAAGCUUCAAAUCCCUACCAGUACAGACAUGGUGAUUCCAUAAGAAACUCAUCUUCUCACCGAAGCAUUUCGUCGAUCCAAUCGAAGAAUUCCAGCAGCCACUCUGUCAAGGAGGUGAGCUUCAUCGAGAACAAGUCAGUGAGGUAUGGAUCCAGAGGUGCAGCUUCAGGAGGCCUAAGCACCUCUUACAAAGAGAUCAGCGACGAUGAUGCUCGCCUCGUGUAUGUAAACGAUCCGGCGAGGACUAACGAGACGUUUGCAUUCACAGGGAACUCGAUCAGGACGGCAAAGUACUCUGUCCUGACCUUCUUGCCGCGCAAUCUGUUCGAGCAGUUCCAUCGAGUCGCCUACAUAUACUUUCUCGUGAUAGCCAUUCUGAAUCAGAUUCCUCAGUUAGCUGUCUUCGGCCGUGAGGCUUCCAUCUUGCCGUUGGCAUUCGUGCUGCUCGUCACGGCUGUUAAGGACGCCUACGAGGAUUACAGGCGCCACCGGUCGGAUAGGAUCGAGAACAAUCGCCUGGCUUGGGUGUUCUCGAAUGGCAAAUUUGGUCAGAAGAAAUGGAAGGAUAUUUGUGUUGGGGAGGUCAUUAAGGUCUCUGUAAACGACACGCUUCCCUGCGAUAUGGUGCUGCUUUCGACAAGCGACGCCAGCGGAGUUGCUUACGUGCAGACGACGAAUCUUGAUGGCGAGUCGAAUUUGAAGACGAGGUACGCGAAACAGGACACUCAGAUGAAAGUUCUCGAGGAGGAGAAGCUCCGGGGGCUGAUCAAGUGCGAAAAGCCCAACCGAAACAUUUAUGGUUUUCAGGCGAACAUGGAUAUCGAUGGUAGGCGCAUAUCCCUCGGGCCAUCGAACAUCGUUCUUCGAGGCUGUGAGCUGAGGAACACUGAUUGGGCUAUCGGGGUUGUGGUUUACGCUGGCCGGGAGACGAAAGCCAUGCUCAAUAACUCGGGAGCUCCGUCGAAACGAAGCAAUCUGGAGACGAAAAUGAAUAAAGAGAUCGUGUUCUUGUCGGUAUUUCUUGUCUUGCUGUGCAGCGUAGUUUCGAUCUGUCACGGCGUCUGGUUGAGGCGCCACGACGACGAGUUGAAUCUGAUGCAGUUCUAUAGGAAAAAGGACUACUCGGAAGCUGAAGUCGAGGAUUACGAGUACUACGGUUGGGGCUUGGAGAUCUUCUUCGCGUUCUUGAUGUCCGUCAUUGUCUUCCAAGUUAUGAUCCCGAUAUCGUUGUAUAUAUCGAUGGAGCUCGUUCGAUUAGGCCAGGUGUACUUCAUGAUCCGAGACGACCGGAUGAUGGAUGCCUCUUCGAACUCAAGGCUGCAAUGCAGAGCUCUGAAUAUCAACGAGGAUUUGGGACAGGUAAAAUACGUUUUCUCUGACAAAACCGGCACGCUGACGGAGAACAAGAUGGAGUUUCAAUGCGCUAGCGUCGCGGGUCUAGAUUUCAACAAUGGUGUUGCUGUUACUGAAGAUGAUUUCGUAGGAUGCUCUGCUCAAGCUGAUGGAACAGUAUUGAAGCCGAAGAUGACUGUAAAAGUCGACUCGGAGCUUCUGAGCUUGUCGAGAAAGAAAGACACCGAUGAAGGAAGACUUGUCCAUGAUUUUUUCUUAGCAUUGGCAGCUUGCAACACCAUCGUGCCGCUAACCGUUGAGACAUCCGAUCCUUCGGUUAAACUAAUCGAAUAUCAGGGGGAGUCUCCCGACGAACAAGCGUUGGUGUAUGCUGCAGCGACGUACGGUUUUAUGCUCGUCGAACGAACUUCAGGCCACAUAGUUAUCGACAUUCAAGGCGAAAGGCAAAGUUUCAGCGUAUUAGGCCUGCACGAGUUCGACAGCGACCGGAAGAGGAUGUCGGUGAUCAUAGGAUGCCCCGAUACGAGUGUGAAGCUGUUCGUCAAAGGCGCCGAUACAACCAUGUUCAAUGUUGUCGAUAAAUCGUCAAUUUCAGAAAUGAUACAGGCAACAAAAUCCCAUCUCCAGUCCUACUCGUCGAGAGGCCUUCGAACUCUCGUCAUCGGAAUGCGCCAACUGACCUCGUCCGAGUUCAAAUCAUGGCAGUCGUCUUACGAGACCGCCAACAACGCCUUGAUGGGGCGAGCUUCUUUGCUCCGCAAAAUCGCAAACAACGUCGAAAACCAUCUGGACAUAUUGGGUGCAUCAGGGAUUGAGGACAAGCUGCAGCAAGGCGUGCCGGAAGCGAUCGAGUCCCUACGAACAGCUGGGAUUAAAGUCUGGGUUCUAACUGGCGACAAGCAAGAAACAGCGAUCUCGAUCGGGUACUCUUCGAAGCUGCUGACGAGCAGCAUGACUCGGAUCGUGAUAAACAACAACUCCAUGGAGUCGUGCAGAAAGAGCUUGGAAGAUGCUCUGCGACAGUGUGAGAGGCUUCAAGGCCUUCGUGAUCGUGUCGUUCAGCUUGCACUGAUUAUCGAUGGAACGAGCCUCGUUUAUAUUCUCGACACCGAACUAGAAGAACAGCUUUUCGAACUGGCGAGGAAAUGCAAUGUCGUGCUGUGUUGUAGGGUAGCGCCGUUGCAGAAAGCCGGCAUUGUUGCGCUGAUAAAGAACCGAACCAACGAUCUGACUCUCGCCAUUGGAGACGGAGCUAAUGAUGUUUCGAUGAUUCAACGAGCUGAUGUUGGCAUUGGCAUCAGCGGACAAGAAGGUCGACAGGCUGUAAUGGCUUCUGACUUCGCGAUUGGCCAGUUCCGAUUUCUCGUUCCUCUUCUAUUGGUGCACGGCCACUGGAAUUACCAGCGAAUGAGCUACAUGAUCUUGUACAACUUCUACCGGAACGCCAUUCUUGUUCUCGUCUUAUUCUGGUAUGUUCUCUACACGGCUUUCACAUUAACGACGGCGAUCACCGACUGGAGCACGGUCUUAUACUCAGUAAUCUACACGGCGUUGCCAACAAUUGUCGUCGGAGUUCUCGACAAGGAUCUAAGCAGAAGGACUCUGCUGAAGUAUCCUCAGCUCUACCGAGCAGGGCAUCGCGAUGAAUCCUACAACGGGCGAUUAUUCUGGCUAACGAUCCUCGACACGUUGUGGCAGAGCAUUGCCGCGUAUUUCAUCCCGCUCCUCGCCUACUGGGGAACCGACGUCGACGCGUCGAGCAUAGGCGAUCUAUGGACACUCGCAGUAGUCGUGACGGUAAACAUACACUUGGCGAUGGAUGUGAUCCGGUGGUAUUGGAUCACUCACGCCGCCAUCUGGGGAUCUAUUGUCGCGACGUUCGUCUGCGUCAUGAUCAUCGACGCAAUCCCCGUGCUGCCGGGAUACUGGGCGUUUUUUCACAUGGCCGGGACGAAGCUGUUCUGGGCGUGCUUGUUCGGGAUCGUCGUCGGCGCGCUCGCGCCGCGAUUCGUCGUAAAAAUGUUUGUGCAGCAUUGUAGGGCGAAUGAUAUUCAGGUUGCAAGAGAAGCAGAGAAAUUUGAAGGUUUAAGAGGAUCGUAUUCUGUUGAUGCAGAAAUGGAGAUGAAUCCUAUUGUUGAUCAUCAUCAUCCUCCACGAAGAUCAUAGCUGCUGCUUCUGCUUCUGCAUGGUCAGCUCUAUUUGAAAAUUUAUUUUUAUUAAUUGUGAUUAUUAUUAUUUGGUUUAUUUGUGUAGAUUUUGUUCGAUUCUUGAUGUUUUUUUUUGGGGUGUUGUUGAGGAUGCAGCAGUAUUAGGGUAGGUAGCAUUGCAAGAUAAUUUUUGUUGUUGUACAUUAUAUGUUUAGCGUUGAGGCAAUACAUGCAACUGUGAAUGAUACAAGAAAGAAGUGAUAUGAGCCUCAACUUCGGAUUUA